CUCGGCCCUCAACUGCGUGCUGCCCAUCGAUAACCACGUCUUUGCCACGGGCGAUGAUGGCGGGGCACUGAAGGUGUGGGACCUGCGCAAGGGGGAUGCCAUCUUGGAGGCCCGUCAGCAGGAGGAGUACAUCAGUGCGAUGGCCGUGGAUGGUAACGGGAAGAUCCUGUUGACUGCCAGCGGUGAUGGCACCCUGGGCGUCUUCAACGUGAAGAGGCGACGCUUUGAGCUGCUCUCGGAGCCGCAGAACGGGGACCUGACGUCUGUCGUGCUGCUGAAGCGGGGGAAGAAAGUGGCGUGUGGCUCCAGCGAAGGCACCAUCUACCUCUUCAACUGGGAUGGCUUCGGGGCUGCCAGCGACCGCUUCGCUCUGAGGGCCGAGUCCGUCGACUGCAUGGUCCCCAUCACGGACAGCAUCGUCUGCGUGGGGUCCCUGGACGGAGUCAUCAG